AUGGAGGGCAUCCACCCAGGGACUCAAGGUGGCAUACAUAGUGCUCCCUCGUCCUCUAUAUCUGCACACACAAAAACACUCCUGAGAGAUUCCUGGAACUUCACAUCAAAAAUGGAAGAGAUACUGUCACUUGUGAAACAAAUGCAAAAUGUGGGAAAUCUAGAGCCAAAAAUAGAAGAUCUAGUAAAAAGAAUUAAUAAAUUGCAGCAAGCUAAGAAGAUAUUAAAUGAAGAGAUCUCCGAGGCAAAUGAACACAGUAAGACGCUUCAGAUGGAACUGGAAAAGCUGAAUGCUGAGAAGUCAAGGCUUGAAGAAAUAUGGAAUGAGAAAAAGGAGAUCAAAAAAGUCAUGCAGAUGCACUCAAAGGAGACAGAAGCUGAAAUGCAGAGGGAGCAGAAAUUGAACCUGGACUGUAAGCAACAAAUUGAAGGAAUCACAGCCAAGAUUAAGAUGGAAAAACUGAAGCAGAGGGAACAGAGAAUGGCAUUUGAGCAGUUACUUGAUGAGUUGAUGGAGAAGCACAAGAAUCUCUGGGAACUUUAUGCCAGGGAGAAACCAGUGGCUGACAUGAAAGAGAAUAAGGAGCAGUUACUACGUGAAGAAAAACUAAUCCAAGAGAAACUGGCUCAUGUUCAAGAUGAACUGGAUUUGCUGAGCCAGGUUGCCUUUAGUGAAGAGAGGAAGUUUCUGAAAAGCCAGGCAGCUGCAGCUGCAUUGGAAUUAUUUCAAGAGGAAAACAAAAAAGCAAAAGAUUAUCUUGAAGCAGCUUCAAAGUACAAUUCUGAUUUGCAAGAGAAAUGCAACAAGCUAAGAUUAGAGCUGGAAGUCUUUGGGAUGGAGGAUGGCAGCAUUAAUGAAGAUUAG